GUGUGUGUGUGUGUGUGUGCGCGCGCGUGUGCGUGUGCUCUUUUUGCCCUUCACUAACCCAUGGUUGUCGCCUAUAAGAGACGUAACCCACUUUCUCUCGUUAUUCUUGUGUACGGGAUCACACCGGGACACAACCUGACGAGAAGAUGUCUCGGGCUGCGGAAAGACUCAGACUGAUGAUCAAUCACCUUGAUCGGUCAUCUGCCACGAUUAGGGCUGUACCAACCUUUGCUCAGACCUCCACCAGUCUGCCACAUACACUGAGAUACAUUCAUGAUACCAACCUGCUGACCCCAGAACAGCAACUCUUCUAUGAGAAAAAUGGCUUCAUCCUCAUCAAGAAUCUGGUGUCUGAUGAGGACAUCGACAGGUUCAGGAAGGCGUUUGAACGGAUCUGUCGACAGGAAGUGAACGUUCCUGGUCUGGUGGUGAUGAGGGACGUGGCAAUUGUGAAGUCAGAGUUUGUUCCUGAAGAAAAAGCGGUUUCCAAACUCCAGGAUUUCCAGGAAGACCCUGAACUGUUCCGGUACUGCACCUUACCACAGAUUCUGAACUAUGUGGAGUGUUUCACUGGACCCAACAUCAUGGCCAUGCACACAAUGCUGAUCAACAAGCCUCCUGAUGCAGGUAAGAAGACGUCUCGUCACCCGAUGCACCAGGAUCUGCAUUACUUCCCGUUCCGCCCAACAGACAGUAUCGUCUGCGCUUGGACGGCAAUGGAGAAAGUGGACAGGCAGAACGGCUGCCUGGUGGUGCUGCCGGGAACACACACCGGCACACUGCAGGAGCAUGACUACCCAGAGUGGGAGGGUGGCGUAAACAAGAUGUACCAUGGAGUGCGUAACUAUGAUCCGAAGCACCCCAGGGUGCACCUGGAGAUGGAGAAGGGCGACACCGUCUUCUUCCAUCCGCUGCUGAUCCAUGGCUCUGGCAUGAACAGGACACAGGGCUUCCGCAAGGCCAUCUCCUGCCACUAUGCCAGCGCUGACUGUUAUUACAUCGAUGUGAAGGGAACCUCACAGGAAAACAUAGAGAACGAGGUAAAGGACAUCGCAAACAGAAAGUACGGUAUGGACAAAGUUACCCUAAAGGACAUCUGGGCUUUCCGAGGCCGGGUGGUGCAGGGAGAGAGGACUUCACUAUAAAUGGCCCCACAGACCCCUACGAACAGACCCCCCCACCGAUGCAGGUUGAAGACCGCUGGGCUGAAAUCAGAACAGAUUUAUACGGUUUUGGAUAAGAUUCAACAGUGCUGAGUGUUCUUAUCGUGCAAUCCCGACUUUCCUUUACCAAC